AUGCAAGCUGACUGCGGGAGUAUUGUUGUAAACCCAAGCUUUGAAGACUGGGUUUACGAGAAUGAAAAAUAUCCUCACGCUUUACAAAGCCCAAUGAAAAGACAAAUCACGUAUCGCGUAGAAGAGGAAAUUGGUCCAAGAGAAACUAAAGACGACCCGUGGAAACCAAACGAUUACCAAAGUACGGUCAGGGCGAAAUCUCGUGGAGAAGGCAGUCGAUCAGCGGUGAUGAUUUUCGCGUUCAUUAUGUGCUUCUUGGCGAUCGCUGCAUUAGUGCUGAUUCUUCUGAUGUGGUUCGGGAAAAUGGGAGAAAGAUGUGGUUGCUCAACUGGCGAUAGUAAGUAUGUGGAUAAAGCUCGACUUUGUGAGGGUGAACAAAUUCAAAGGCUCGUCAUGCUGCGUCCUGUAGGUACCGAUGCAGCUCUUAUUUGUUCAGGUGUUCAUGUAUGCAUGCCCAGACCGGUCGCGCAGUUUAUUUGAGUUCAGUUCUUGUCUGUGCUUGUCCUGCAUGCACUCUUCUUCUUGAUCUAUAAGCCCCUGAACCGUUGAAUACCGGAUUAGUUAGACCAUGUGGUUAUAUUUUGAUUAAUAUUUUAACGCUCAACUAGAGAUUAAAAGCAAAUUCGACGAUUUUUCAUAUCACAACUUUUGUUCAAAGCAAAAAUGUUUCCACACUUGCAUCACUACAUUUUAAACAUUUGUCAAUAUUUUUAAUACCCACAUGUCUUCAUAUUUUGGUUGACAGGGGAUGUUUAUAAUUGCAUAUUAAGCUUUUUUUUAAUCAAGAAAUACCAUUUAACGUUCGGUUUUUUUUCAAGCAAAUUUUAAUCCAUAGAAACUGAAAAUAAAACUUAUGAACGUUAUCAUCUUUUAAGGGAUAUCGUAUUUAUUCAUCAUUCAAAUUUACUGUUAUGUAAAGAAAAUUGUUUUCUUGAUUGCGGUUAAGCUAAUCAUGCGAAUAAUUUGACAACGGAUCAUGAAAAUUUCUCUUCUUAAUAAUAUCCUAUAGUGUCAUCAUUCUAGAAAACACAUUUGCAAUUUAUCAUCACACUGUGCUCCUAUCGGCAAGUUUGUCGCUCUCGCCAGGCAAAUAGAUAAAAAGCUACUUAUUUUCCAGCUAAAAGAUGUUCCCUGCUGGAUUCCAAAAAGAGAAUAUACUUCAAUUAACAUUCAAGUAGUAAACAAUACGUCAAGAGUGGCAACCGCAAUAUUGAUAUGUUUUUAUGUUGCGAUGGCUAUUGUUUCGGAAAAGUUUUCCUUUAGUACAUCCGUUCUUCUGGCGAAUUAUUCGCGAAAUUAAUUUCCGUUCAUUUUAAAGUUAUUCUAUUUCGUCUUUUACUCGCUGUUUGACAAUCAAUAAAUUAAAGCAUCAAUUAGACCUUAGAUGUUAUUACUCUAACCAAUGGAACACUAUAGGCUCUGUGAUCGCUACUGUGAUGCAUUAAUGUUCGAUCAGGGCGCUGACGCGCCACUGACGUCAUACAAAUGUUAUUUUACACGCUUUGUAGAACAUGGCGCAUAUUGCGAGAUAUUUCUAGAUUUGACAAAUAAUGACUUGAAAAUGCCAGCUAAGAACUUUUUACGAGCGCGAAAAAGAGCCUAGUUUCUCAAGCAACCGGAAAAAAUAACAGAACAUGAACAAAUUUGCUGCAUAUUUUCCUUUGAUUUCUACUUUCUUUUUCGCUAGAAAAAUACAAACAAUAGACCCUAGGGGUCUCCAAUAUGAUUGAAAUUCGUUCUUGCAAAUCGUUUGGCAAAAUUUUGUUUGUUUGUUUGUUUUGCAACGAGAAAGGAAAGUCAGAUUGAUGAAGAUGGAAAUUUUAAUGUCCACUUAUGAUGAUAGACAUUGAGCUGAUGUAAACUCAUCCAAGUUAAUGGUGCUAAUCUCCCACUUGCUUUUUUAUCUUAAUCUUAAAGCUUCUUCUGGCAGUCUCUCCACUGGUACACAAAAAGAUAUAUUAACAAGGAUAACAGCCCUUGAGAGGAAUGUCACAAAACUUCAACAGGGUCUGGUAAGGAGUAGGGUAUUCUUGUUGACUUUCUGGUUUUGCUCUUAGUUGCGAAACAUAUUCCUUUGAAAGGUGUUAUAGUCUCAUUCUUUCACAUGGAAUAAAGAAAUUUACAAGUAUCCAAUGAUUUGCAGGAAAACAAAACGAAUGAGCUUAGAGUCGUUCAUUCUUCGCUUCGAGAUCUUGAUGAAAAGUUGUUCAAUUUAACAAUGAAGGUAAGA